CCCCUCCUGCCGUUGCACUCCAUGCUAUUUCACCGCGGGAAGGAGAAAAAAAAAAUAUCGCACGAUCUGGCUGCACGUGCACUAUAAUCGAUAUUUAAUUUUGUGUUUAAACACAAAAACACGUGGGUCUGUUUACACGAUUUUAAAUAAAAGUGAAUAAAAAAUGGCUAAAGUAUUGGAUUUAAUUAAUUCCGUUGACUCUGUAAAUCAGUUUAAAGAUUUUACUGUUGGUUUAUUGACAUCCAGCUCCGAUUUACCAUUGGGCGAAGACAUAAACGAGAUUGAUAGCUUGAUAAUAACUAAAAUAAAUAGUUAUCUGAGUAAACCUGACACGAGAGCAAGUGGACUAGUGGUAAUUUCAAAAUUUAUUCCGCGAUGUUCAAAAGAGGACCUGCAGAAAUACGGGAUGCUUUGGAUCUCCAAGGCGGUCCAGGUGCUAGAGAGCAAGUGCGAAUCCAAGGAAUUUUCUUUGGCAUCCAGAGUCUUGGGCGAGUUAUUGAUCGAAGCCAAGCAGGUGCCCGAGCUGCAGAAAGAGGUUUCGAUGCAGAAUGUGAAGCCGCUGGUGACGCUCAUCACCAGCUUUGAUUUGGAAACCAAGGGGACGGCGGUUCUCUACCCGCUGGCUGUUUUGCUUUAUUAUUACAAAGAGUCUACAGAAAAAUUUCAGAAAGCGAUAAGAGAGUUCAUUCUUCCGACUGUUGACUCCAAGAAGAAGGAAACAGCCAAAGCAGGAGCGAAUAUUUACAGUCUGCUCACUCGUGCUACUGAACGUUCCUUCAAAUCCAUCGAAGCGAAACCUGCGUACAAUAAUUGGACUUACAAUUUAUUGCUGAUCUGCAAUAGUCUUCAUGAAAUAAUGACCACAUUGUUUCCUGAUUCGGACACCAGCGGUCCCGAUGAAAUGAAACUCGAACUACCGAGUCUGUCUCAAGAAGAUAUCGUGGAUUAUUAUUUUGAUCUAGAAAAACGAUUUGAGAAUCUCUGUGAUUAUUUAUCGACAAUGCUACGCGGAUGUGGAGAAAUUAAUAGCGUGAUUCCCAAUGAUAUACUAACACUAGUAUGUCGCGGUUUGGACAUUUUACCCACAACUUUACAUCAAGAAGAUUCUCUAGUAGACAGUCUCCUCUAUAUGAUCCUCCCAAAGCUGCACAUUAUUUUAUUUCAAGUCCUCAACGCUUUUAUUGAAGGAUUUAAAGACAACUUGGUACCAUUUGCUAGCACGGUACUUAAACUAUACAAGCACACAUUGAACUGGGCAAAUGGUUUAGACCUCGAGAACGAGGAAACGAUUCGCGGAAUAAAACCGUUUACGAAUGUCAAAAUCUCAGUUUACAAAAGUCUGACAAUUUGGCUGAACAACCUGAGCACUUUGUCAGGAAUAGAAAUUAUCUCUGAUGAAUUGAUACCUUUGAUAUUAAAAGAUAUCACUCCUGAGAUGUCUGAAAUUUCACUAACUAUCCAAAAAACCACAGCUACCUCAAAGAAAGGAUUCAAACGCACGAGAGAUAAUCAAAUAAAAAAUGAUCUGGAACAAGACAGACCUAGACUAAUUAAUAAAUGUAUGUCAAUUGACCUGGACAUAUGCAAAGAGGCUCUAAUAUCAUUGCAAUGUAUUUUUAAAUCCUCGGGAACUUUGAUGAAAAUUCCGAUUUAUCAAAUGAUUGAAGAGCUAGUAAUAGCAAUGCUAUCCAACGUGUAUAUGGACGAUUACAGCUUCUACAAAUUGCGUCCCUUCUGCCAUGUGGAGUUGUUAAGGUUAUUGAAGAUCAUGCAAAUGAACCCUCAUCCAUUGCGUCCGUCAUCGUUGCAUCACUGCAUUGAAUUAUUCAGCACACCGUCCCACGAAUAUAAUCGCCAUGUCGCUGCAGAAGCAAAAGAAGCUCUAAUGCAACUGGAAAAAAUUGCACAUCCAAGUGCUCUGACUCUUAGUCUUCCUGUUGUAAAUGCUGCUGAAUAAAUCAAUACCUCAAAAAAAACAUAUUCUACUUAUUAUGUAUUAUAUA